AUGUCUCAAAUACAUUCUGGAAAGCAAACUAGUAUACAAGAAUCCUUUAUCAGUGCUGCUAGAAACAUUUUGAGAAGCAAUUCUACUACCUUGUGGGAUUGUGGCUCGAAGUUAGACACCCAUGAAAAUCUUAUUCACGCGAUUGAUGCUCUUCUUGCAAUCAAUGUAACCAAUGUCUGUUUAAAUGAGCAAGAAUGUUUAGAAUUGUUGAUACUUGGGUGUAGUCAGCAGCAACCUUUAUUUAUCGUCAAUCUACGAAUAACAGAGAAUGAUACUAAUUUUUGUAACAUAAUCCUGGGUUCCUACACCUCAUCAAAAGUAGACAUAUUAAGGGCCCUUAGCAAGGUCCUUUAUGAGAAUGGAAACCAAUGUGAAAAGUUUCAUGAUCGACUCCUCAACAUGCUGAUUCUGCUUGCUCAACCUAAUAAUCCUCAACUAGAAAUACGCCGUAUGGCCAUCAAUUGUCUGGGAAAUUUAAGUGCUCGCACUGGAAAUAAGUUGCACGGAAAAUACCGUAGCAUUUAUGAUGUUUUAUUUGCUAAUUUAAAUGCGGCCGAAGAUAAAAGUCUUCUGAAGGAGCCUUUUGGAACUGCAAUUGAAACUAUUCGGAUAUACGUUUUCUUCAAGAUAGGAGAGAUGACGACCCUUUCGAUAGAUCGCACGCCAAGGAAUCAAAUUACACGAUCUUAUGCCUCUACGUCUUCAUCGAGAACAUCUCAAGCACGCAAUCCUCGCGAAAAAUCUACUUAUCACCAUCGAUCCAGUAAUCAUUCUUGGUUAAGUUCUGAUUCUGAACUUUCUGAUAGUGAUUAUAAUCAAAAUAAGAGAAAUGAUGACUCUCGAGUUCGAUUGAAUGCCUUAGGAUGCUUGCAAAGCAUUGCGCGAGCAUCUCCAAAAUUAUUAUAUCCUUAUUGGAAUAAAUUUCUUCCUGAUGCGCGUACUUUAUCCACCUCACCUUCGUUAUUUACCAUAAUAUCAUGCGAUCCGAUUCAAACAGUUCGUGUUGCGGCAUGUUCUUCUAUAACAACUUUGAUCGAUAGGUCUAAACAAUACUUAUCUCUCGCAGAUGAUAGGGAAUUAAAAUCUUCGUUCACAUCCCUAUCUGCUAAUUUGGGUGCAAUUGUGCGUCAGCUUCAUCACGAGCUGAUUAAUGCUUUAAGAGAAGAGCAACAAACAAUUAUGCUCCUACAAUUGCUUAAGUGUUGUAAUGUCCUUGUAAAUAAUGCCGCUUAUGAUCGUCUUUCUGGCGGAUAUUUAACACGUCUUUUUAACGCAGUAUUGCCAUUAUUGUUUAUUAAAGAAUGUAAAUCAAAUACAGAUGAAAUUGCGUUUUUAUUUCAAGAGCAAUUAAUAGAAAUUUCAAAAUCCGAAUUAAAAAUAUCACCUAUCGCAGAGGGAAAUUCACGAGUGAAUCUAUUGAUGUAUCUUAUAGCCUUGAUUAAUGAUUCUCAACAGCCUUCUACAUUACGAAUAGAGGCAUGGGGUGUAUUAUGUGUUUGUACGCAUUUGCAUUUUUUGAUCAUACGUUCUCAAUGGACACAACUGAAUAAUCUUAUAUCUGCAGAUCUGCAGAAUGAAGAUCUCAAUAUAAGAGCAGCAGCUAUGAAAUUUCUUGAAGAAUAUGCUAAAGCAGCCGCAGCUCAUUCUAAUCCAACCAAUCAAAAUAACAAUGAAAAUGAUGAAACAAUAGAUCAUAGUAAGAAUACUGACACAAUACCAGCUUCUGAGCUACUUCCAUGGUGGAUGUCCACGCUGGAUCAUUAUAUACAAAAGUCUUCCUUAGACACUUGUCAUGCUGUCCGUGCUUUGACCUGCGAUUGCUUAUCCCAUAUUUCGUCAAUCAUAUUUUCCGAAAUGCCGACAGAUCGAGCUAUGUAUUCUAUUACUUUGCUAUUACGGAUGGUUCAAGAUGAAAGCCCUAAUGUGCGCGCUUCUGCGUGUCGAACUUUAGGUGUAUUUAUUCUUUUCCCUUGUCUUUCUGAGGACACUAUUUUCGCUACAGAUAUGGCAUUGUCUAUAAUUCAAAAUAUUUCAGAUGCAACCUUACUUGUGCGUAUCAGAAGCAGUUGGGCACUAGGAAAUCUAUGCGAUUCUUUAGUAACGUUAAGCGAAGUUGGUGAAAACAAAGAAAUUUCAAGUUCUGUGCUUGAUUUCUUGACAGUUGAUAUGUUUAACAGGAUUAUUGUAGCUGCUCUUGCUGCAUCUGUUGACAACGAUAAGGUUCGAGUAAAUGCAGUUCGGGCAUUGGGAAGUCUUAUGCGAAUUAGUCCCGAGAGAUAUUUAUUAAAAGAACAAACAGGAUUGGUCAAAGACGUUGUCUUGGCAUUAACGAAAAACUUUGAUCAUGGAUCACUAAAAGCACGUUGGAAUGCAUGUUAUGCUGCUGCGAAUAUGCUACGUAAUCAAGAUUUUCCUAUCGGGAUAAACGAUUGGACUACUUCUCUAUACGACUCUCUUUCAAAAGUCGUAAGAUCUGCAAAGAAUUUCAAGGUGCGAAUCAAUGCUUGUUUGGCUCUUUCAAUGCCAAAUUCUAGGGAAAAAUUUGGAAAUGUUGGAAUGUUUAGUAGAAUUUUCGAAGUGAUUGUGGUAGCCUUGGAAAAUGCAGACAACAUGAACGAGACUGGUUUUGAAGAAUAUAAAUAUCAAGAAAAUUUGAAAUCACAGCUGUUGGAAACUUAUGAACAUUUAAAAAAUUUGGCAACCGAUGAUGAUAAAUAA